AUGGCGGAACCUACCCAGGCCUCAACCCCGGCGCCGGCCACGCAGUCCCGUCCCCUUCAGUCUCCAGCCCCUGCCCCAACUCCGACUCCUGCCCCCAGCCCGGCUUCAGCCCCGACUCCGGCUCCCACUCCGGCACCAGCCCCCGCCCCAGCUGCAGCCCCAGCCGGGAGCACAGGGACUGGGGCUCCCGGGGUAGGAAGUGGGGGGACCGGGAGCGGAGGGGAUCCGGCUCGACCUGGCCUGAGCCAGCAGCAGCGCGCCAGCCAGAGGAAGGCGCAAGUCCGGGGGCUGCCGCGCGCCAAGAAGCUUGAGAAGCUAGGGGUCUUCUCGGCUUGCAAGGCCAAUGAAACCUGCAAGUGUAAUGGCUGGAAAAACCCCAAGCCCCCCACUGCACCCCGCAUGGACCUACAGCAGCCAGCUGCCAACCUGAGCGAGCUAUGUCGCAGCUGUGAGCACCCCUUGGCUGACCACGUGUCCCACCUGGAGAAUGUGUCAGAGGAGGAGAUUAACCGGCUACUGGGUAUGGUGGUGGACGUGGAGAACCUAUUCAUGUCUGUUCAUAAGGAGGAGGACACAGACACUAAGCAGGUGUAUUUCUACCUCUUCAAGCUUCUGCGGAAAUGCAUCCUGCAGAUGACCCGGCCAGUGGUGGAGGGCUCCCUGGGCAGUCCCCCGUUUGAGAAGCCUAAUAUUGAACAGGGUGUGCUGAACUUUGUGCAAUACAAGUUUAGUCACCUCGCCCCUCGGGAGCGGCAGACGAUGUUUGAGCUCUCAAAGAUGUUCCUGCUCUGCCUUAACUACUGGAAACUUGAGACGCCUGCCCAAUUUCGGCAGCGGUCUCAGGCUGAGGACGUGGCUACCUACAAGGUCAAUUAUACCAGAUGGCUCUGCUACUGCCACGUGCCCCAGAGCUGUGAUAGCCUCCCCCGCUACGAGACCACUCACAUCUUUGGGCGAAGCCUUCUCCGCUCCAUCUUCACUGUGACCCGGCGGCAGCUGCUAGAGAAAUUCCGGGUGGAAAAGGACAAGCUGGUGCCUGAGAAGAGGACCCUCAUCCUCACCCACUUCCCAAAAUUCCUGUCCAUGCUGGAGGAGGAGAUCUAUGGGGCGAACUCUCCGAUCUGGGAGUCGGGCUUCACCAUGCCGCCCUCAGAGGGGACCCAGCUGGUGCCCAGGCCAGCUACGGUCAGCGCGGCAGUUGUUCCCAGCGCCCCCAUCUUCAGCCCCACCAUGGGUGGGGGCAGCAACAGCUCCUUGAGUCUGGAUUCCGGAGGGGCUGAGCCCAUGCCAGGUGAGAAGAGGAAGCUCCCAGAGAACCUGACCCUGGAGGAUGCCAAGCGGCUCCGCGUGAUGGGCGACAUCCCCAUGGAGUUGGUCAACGAGGUCAUGCUCACCAUCACCGACCCUGCCGCCAUGCUGGGGCCUGAGACGAGCCUGCUGUCUGCCAACGCAGCCCGGGACGAGACGGCCCGCCUAGAGGAGCGCCGCGGCAUCAUUGAGUUCCAUGUCAUCGGCAACUCACUGACGCCCAAGGCCAACCGGCGGGUAUUGCUGUGGCUCGUGGGGCUGCAGAAUGUCUUCUCCCACCAGCUGCCGCGCAUGCCCAAGGAGUACAUCGCCCGCCUCGUCUUUGACCCGAAGCACAAGACUCUGGCCUUGAUCAAGGAUGGGCGGGUCAUUGGUGGGAUCUGCUUCCGCAUGUUUCCCACCCAGGGCUUCACAGAGAUUGUCUUCUGUGCUGUCACCUCAAAUGAGCAAGUCAAGGGCUAUGGGACUCACCUGAUGAACCACUUGAAGGAGUAUCACAUCAAACACAACAUCCUCUACUUCCUCACCUAUGCCGACGAGUACGCCAUUGGCUACUUCAAAAAGCAGGGCUUCUCCAAGGACAUCAAGGUUCCCAAGAGCCGCUAUCUGGGCUACAUUAAGGACUAUGAGGGUGCAACAUUGAUGGAGUGUGAGCUGAAUCCCCGGAUCCCCUACACGGAGCUGUCCCACAUCAUCAAAAAGCAGAAGGAGAUCAUCAAGAAGCUGAUUGAGCGCAAACAAGCCCAGAUCCGAAAGGUCUACCCCGGGCUCAGCUGCUUCAAGGAGGGUGUGAGGCAGAUCCCUGUGGAGAGUGUCCCCGGCAUUCGAGAGACAGGCUGGAAGCCGUUGGGGAAGGAGAAAGGGAAGGAGCUGAAGGAUCCAGACCAGCUCUACACAACCCUCAAAAACUUGCUGGCCCAGAUCAAGUCACACCCCAGUGCCUGGCCCUUCAUGGAGCCUGUGAAGAAGUCAGAGGCCCCUGACUACUAUGAGGUCAUCCGCUUCCCUAUUGACCUGAAGACCAUGACGGAGCGACUGCGCAGCCGCUACUAUGUCACCCGGAAGCUCUUUGUGGCUGACCUGCAGCGGGUCAUUGCCAACUGCCGCGAGUACAACCCCCCGGACAGCGAGUACUGCCGCUGUGCCAGCGCCCUGGAGAAGUUCUUCUACUUCAAGCUCAAGGAGGGGGGCCUCAUUGACAAGUAG